GACACCACUUGACAGCAAUGCGCCGGCUGUCACUGGCAGGCAGCAAAAGUAAACAAACCAGUCGGCAGCAGAACGAGCAGCGCCCACUCUUCGGUGAUUCUGGAGCGAAUGGAUCGUUUAGUUUGCCUGUUUAUUGGCAUUUGUCACGUUUAGUUCGCUCCCACAGGCCCGGUCGUUUUGCUUAAAAUGGUUUCAACUACUAGCUUAAUCUACACCAUAAGUGCGGCACUGGCGUUGCUUGCUUUCACCCCGGCGGCGGAAGCAUUGAGCGCUUUCCUGAACGUUGCCAUCCACAACAGCGGGUUUCAUCGUGAUAUUCAUUACGGCCUUCGGUUCGGUGGCAUCGGGCGGAUGUCCUGUGAGCUGUUGCUCGUCCAGCAGCUACCGGCCGCCAUCUACGUCAACACGGACCAGCUCGUCGAUCUGAAGCGGUUCCACAAAAUCAACAGCUACGUGCCUUUGUACGUCGAUGUGGAAAAGCCGGCCAGCAAGUCGGACCCCUUCACCGUGCACCUGUACGAAUCGGUGCGGCGCGAAAUUAACAUCACGCUUCCGAUCCACUUCCGCUAUCACGACCCAUCCACACGCAAAUUCGAGCGCAUUCAGGUGGAAAGUCCCACCCUGUACGUGCGCUGCAGCAAUGUGCAUGCGAGCAAGUACCCGCUGCGAACGGUGGGCAAGGCAACGCUGCCCUGUUCGGACAGCUCGGAGAUCGAGGACUACGACAAGCUGCACCAGGCCGAGCUGUGCGAGUGGGACGAAAUGGAGUUCAAUAACCUUCCCACGGUGAUAAGUGUCCUGAUUCCGGUGGGAAACAGUGCAUCGUACGGGUUCGUGCUGCCGGCUACAAUUCUGGUCAGCUGGAUCGGCAGCAUGUAUCUGAUCUACGUCAUUCUUAAAGUGGGGCGCAAAGUUAACAAAAAGCUACUGUAAAACUUUCUGCAGCUCCAAAGCCGCCCCAAAGCCGCGAUCUCAUGCCUCAACCUCACACACACACUCACACACGUGUGUUCGCCAUGGCUCAAUUUAGCUUUCAAAUGCAUUUGA